GGGUGGGCGGGGGCAGGCUGAAAGUUGGAGCAAGCAGGAAGUGAACCGAGGGCCGCCCGGGAGGAAACAGACUAGGCGAGUUUGCCGCUGACAGGCCUGAGCCGCUUGGAGACAUGGACGAGGCCAGUGGAGGUGGAGGAAAUGACCGCGUGCGGAACCUGCAGAGUGAGGUGGAAGGAGUCAAGAAUAUCAUGACCCAGAAUGUGGAGCGGAUCCUGGCCCGAGGGGAAAACCUGGACCAUCUCCGCAACAAGACAGAGGAUCUGGAAGCCACAUCGGAGCACUUCAAGACCACGUCACAGAAGGUGGCUCGGAAGUUCUGGUGGAAGAACGUGAAGAUGAUCGUCCUCAUCUGUGUGGUUGUUUUUAUCAUCAUCCUCCUCAUCGUGCUCUUUGCCACCCAUGCCAUCCCAACUUAGGGAGCCCCACCCCAGCCUCCUCUUCAGGGCAGCCCUCCAGAGUGGGUGCCAAGAAGGGCCCUGUCUCCCAUCCUCCGCAGGGAAUGCUGCUCUGCCCUCCCGCCCCUCACUCUGAGGCCCCGCUGCCAUACUGUCUGCCCCAGGGAGCACCUCGGUCCCCCGGAAGGAGAGAGCCGAACUGUGGCUGUGUUUCCUGGGCCCUCAGAGUUGGCUGGAGAGACACCCAGAAGGCCCAGCAAGUGGCUGGGAAACUGAUGGUGGCCGGUGGGCAAUAAAGACCUUUCAGUGUCCCUA